AUGGGAGCCCGGAAGAAGUGGGCUGCGUGCUGCUGCAUCCAGGGCGUCAGGAACAGUGCACAGACCGAAAUGUGGGCGGCAGCCGAGGCCGGCGCCCCGCGCGUGGCCGCGCUCCCGUCCGUGCACAGGGAUGUCCAGCCCCUGCCGCGGACCUGCUUCAUAUUCCAGGGGCCCUUCGGGCUCCGGGCCACCGGCCUGGGCACUGACAAGGCGGCGGGCAUCUGGAAGACGCCGGCUGCCUACAUCGGCCGGCGGCCCGGGGUGUCGGGCCCCGAGCGCGCCGCCUUCAUUCGGGAGCUGGAGGAAGUGCUGUGUUCUGACCGACCCCCACCGGUUAAGAAGAUGACCCAGGAAGAUAUCCAAGUGAUGUUAAACUUGCUGGAGGAGAGAGAGCGGGACCUGAGUUCGGCGGCUCGCAUCGGCCAGUCCCUGGUGAAACAGAACAGUGCUCUGAUGGAGGAGAACAGCAAGCUGGAUGCCAUGCUGGGCUCUGCCAGGGAGGAGAUUGUACACCUGAGGCACCAGGUGAGCCUGCGGGAUGAGCUCCUUCAGCUCUAUUCAGACUCUGAGGAGGAGGGGGAGGAAGAAGAGGAGGAAGAGGAGGAGGAGGAGGAGGAGAAAAAAGAAGAAGAGAAGGAAGAGCAGCAGUGUGAUUCUUCCCGUGACGCCCCCCGGCUGACUCCAUCGUCACUGCACAGAUGCCCACAGCUGGAAGCCUUGCAGCAGAAGCUGAGGCAGUUGAAGGAGGAGAAUGAUCAGCUGAGAGAGGAGGCCUCCCAAAUGGCCCCCCUGGAGGAGGAGGAGCAGAUGCUCAUGCUGGAAUGUGUGGAACAGUUUUCGGAGGCCAGCCAGCAGAUGGCCGAGCUGUCCGAGGUGCUGGCCCUCAAGAUGGAGAGCCAUGACCGGCAGCAGAGGGAGGUCAGCCAGCUGCGGGCCCAAGUGCUGAAGCUACAGCAGCGCUGCCAGUCGUAUGGUGCCGAGGCGGAGAAGCUGCAGCAGCAGCUGGCGUCUGAGAACGACAUCCGGACGCGGCUCCAGGACGAGCUGCAGGCCCUUCGGGGGAAGUACGUGGAGUGCGGCGGCAUGCUGCUGGAGGCCCAGGAGGAGGUGAGGACCCUCCGCCAGCAAGCCCGGGUGUCCACUGGCUCCAUCGUUCAUUACACCUACACCAUGCCACUGGAGGCCAUGCCUGGCUUCCAGGAGGCCCUGGCUGAGGAGCUCAGAGCGUCGAUAAGAAGGAUCAUCUCAGACCCCUCCUUCUUCAUGGAGAGGAACUACGAAGGGGUCGCUGCGAGGGAGACCUCCAACCUGGGAUGUGAGACGCGGCCGCAGCCACGGAGGGUCCAGGCUGAAGCAGGCUUGCUGGCCGGCUCGGAUUCUAUAUCUCUGGAGGAGCUGGUCCCUGAUGAGCUGGUGCCCGAGGAGGAGCUGGGGCCCGUGGGGCCCGCGGAGGAGGAGGAGGAGGGGGUGAUGGACGUGGAGCCGGAGGAGUCAGAGGCCUGGGAGGAGGUGGACCUGGAUCUGGAUGAAGAGACACCACCGCAUGGGGUCACCCCGGCCCUGGAAGCCAGUGGCUCGGGCCCCUCACACCUGGACAUGAAGCACGCCUUCCAGCAGCUGGCCAACUGGCAGGAUACUCAUUGUAGGCGGCCACUGAGGCAGGAGAUGCUCCAGAGAGCAGUGGCAGCCGCGGGCCAAAGCACACACGGGGGGCGGGACCAUGGAGCAGCGGCCAGGGGUGCCCACCCAGGACUUCCGGAUGCUGGAGGGCAGGGCCAACCACCACCCCCCCAGGGUCUGGGAGGAAGCGGGGCCUUCUGGGGCCCCCCGGACCAGUGGGACCAAGGUCUCCGCCAGCAAGGGCCACAGUCGGACCAGACCCCUGGGCUUUGCUGUUUCCCAGCAGCCUGCAGAGACCCCACAGACAGCAUGAGACCCCUCCUUCCGCUGCCGGGCCAAGCCCUGCCCCCCGCAGACCCUCUUCCCCGCUUCCCCAAACAGGACCCCUUGUCAGUCCCCAGCCCUCCCUCCGUCCUGAUGAACCUGGGUCAGAACUUGAGGGUCCAAGCCUCAACCCUCUUUUGGGACAGGCUGAAGGAGCCCCAGCUCUUGUUCUGCAGCUGGUGCAAAAGCUGCAGUUGCUGGGCCUGGAUCACCUGGUGGCCCAGGGGGCGGAGGAGGCCCAGGGGCCGGCCGACCACCUACCAGACUCAGCUCUGACCAAGCUGGGGAGCGGGGAGCGAGCCGCAGGGCCCAGUGCAGGAGAUUGCUCAGAGCACCCCAACAGCACAGCCUUGACCCCGUGACUUUCACAUCAAACGGGGCUCCCAAGUCCUUGGUGUUUAGGGACCAGACCCCGGUCGCCCUGUUCUCUGCCCUUUCCUCUCAGGCCUUGUUACCGUGGGAGUAUCUCUGUGGGCGGGUGACCUAUGAUUUCCCAGGCUCCCCACCCAGGUGCAGCUAGCCCUUUCCCCUCAGUUUCUCCUUCUAGAUGUUCUGCCCUUGCCUGCCCCUCAUGCGUAAGCAGUUGGGGUCUGGGGCUCGGGACCCUCUUUCGGUACCUGCCCCGCCUCCCAUGGUACUUCUCAGUCCCGGGUUGUCUCCUGUCUCCCUGCUGGUGCAGGAAAUAAAGGAGUUGUUUGCUA